GUGAGUGCGGUCAUGGAGGCCGGCGUUAGUCACCUCUGAACAUAGAUCUGUGAGAGAGCGAACUCUCCGUGUAUCCGACCGCCUGGCGUCUGAGUCUUUACAUUUCUUUUUAGUUUCUGGGUGUUCACCUCGGUUUAGAUUUGCCGACACCAAGAGCAAGUGACCUGAGCUGAGAAUCCUUCGGCCAUAAGAUGCCUCUCCAGAUCCUGAUGAGCCUCAUCCUGCCCUGUCUCUGCUCUGCCGCCAUCUCUUGCUAUGGAGACCAUGGACAACCUGUAGACUGGUUCAUUGUCUACAAGUUGCCUCAUUUAGAUCACACCCCUGAGGACGGCUUGAAAUACAUGUACCAAGACAGUGACAGCGGGGGAUGGGUGCACGGGGCCGCACUAAUAAAUAGCACAGAAAGCGCAGUGGGAAGCACGCUCAGUCAGCUCUACCGAUCUUCUAAGUCAAAGAACGUGGCUUAUGUGCUGUACAAUGACCAGCCUCCUGUGAAUGGAUCCAAUGCCAUCCGUGGCCACACCAAAGGUGUCGUUCUCCUCGACAAAAAGCAAGGCUUCUGGCUCGUACACAGCACCCCUCACUUCCCACCACUGAGUUCCCAGAAGUAUGACUGGCCCUCAAAUGCCUUUAAAAAUGGUCAGUCCUUCAUCUGCGUCACUUACCCGUAUGCACAGUUCAUAGAGAUUGGCACCCAGCUCAUGUACAACACCAUCACCCCUUAUGACUCCUCAAUUCCCAGUACCUUCAGUGACGACCUACCUGACCUAAUGUCUGCAGCAAUGAAGAAGAAAGUAACUAAAUCACCAUGGAAUCGGCAAGUCACCCUGACCUCAGCUGGUGGCAAGCAGUUCACAAGUUUUGCCAAAGAUGGAAGAUUUGGAGAUGAUCUGUAUUCAGGAUGGGUAUCCGAGGUCUUGAAGUCGGACCUGUAUGUUCAGUUCUGGUUGAAUUCCCGGGGCAUCCUUCUGUCCAAUUGCUCGUUGACAUAUCACACAUAUGACAUUGUGACAAUCUCCUUUGGCUCGUCUAUCAGUUACUCGUCUAACAAGGACCACUCCAAGUGGUGUGUGACCUCGUCUGACUCCCCGGGCUGGGCUUGUAUUGGUGAUAUGAAUCGGGAUCUGGAGGAGAUGCAAAGAGGAGGGGGCACGUUGUGUAGCUCAGAUCCCAGAAUCUGGAAAUCCUUUAAAACUCUGGUGUCUAAAUACAGCACGUGCUAAGAAAAUGUAUGAACCCCUGUGACCGUACCUAACAUUGUAGACCAAGUAUCAAGCAGUGAUAUCAUCACUGUUGAUGACAUCAUAAAACUGUUGAUUUAUGUGAUGUCACUGUGCUCUUAUAACAGGAAGUGUUGGCAUCCUCUGAUGUAUUUGGUUGUGAUCGGACAGUUGAUAUUAUGAUGUCACCAUGUGAGGGACAGAACCUUGUGAUGUCACAAAGCAAUUUCUGCCACAGUAAUAUAGAACAAUUUAUGAUCAUCGUGUGACUUUGGUGGCAGCCUGUGGUGUCACUACUGACUUUUAGUGAUGUCAUCACGUUACUAGUAUUCGGCAGUAGCUGACACUGGAGAGUGCUGGCAUUGAGUGAGGUCUCUGGUAUGUGGGUGCACCCGUGGCCAAGCUGUUUAGGUGUUUAAUCAUUGCUUUGUGAUGGUGAUUUAUUUCUUAUGAUACUUGAUUCUGGGAUAUUUAAUCAAUUAAUAAAAUUCUGAAUUUUGUCUUUUUUU